UUCAAUAUUGCCACAGAGCUGACAGAUCGUUGCAAAACAGAAGGGGAACUGGGGCUGAUUGGAAUAUUAAUUUGGAUGAGGUUCAUGGCAUGCAGGCAUCUCACAUGGAAUAAGAAUUUUAAUGUAAAACCUCGUGAAAUUAGUGAAGCGCAAGACAGGUUUACCAAUUUGCUGCAAAUAAUAUACUUGAACCAGCCAAGCAAUAGAGAGAUUGUGAGACUAAUAAUGAUGUGUGUUGGUCCUGGAGGACAGGGUGAUGCCGGCCAGAGAAUCCGCGAUGAAAUUCUUUUGAUUCAGAGAAAUAAUAACUGCAAAGCAGGCAUGAUGGAGGAAUGGCACCAAAAGUUACACAAUAAUAAUAGUCCAGAUGAUGUCAUAAUAUGUGAGGUAACCAAGUUAUCAGAACAUGCACUUUUGAAUUAUGUCAGAAGCGGGUUCAGAAUGGAUGUUAAUUGGAAAACAUUGAAUGCAAAUGGUCUAUCAAGAGAGAAACUUGCAAACUAUGGCCGCCCAAUUUUGUCAGAACCACAUUUCAGGACUGAUAUCAGAGAUAGGCUUAUACAUGACCUCACGGCAUACUUGAAGAUUCUAAAGGAUGGCAACAUUGCAAGUGCAAUUAAACAUAGUUCGGGUUUGUCAUUGAAACUGCUGAAGUUAUUGGAAUCACGCAUUGAGCUUCGCCCUGUUCUGCAAACAUCUCAUAAAAGAUUGAAAGAUAUGAUUUUCCUUGAUAUUUCUUUGGAUUCUGCUCUUGGAACCACUGCGGAAAAGGGAUUAAAGAAUGUGAACUUUGCAAACCCAUUGUGGGCAUUACAAACAAAGGCUAUACUUGACCGAUUGCAGCUAUUACUUGCUGAAAGGUCUCAGCAUUACCAAAAUCGGAUUCAACCAAGUGCUCAGUAUCUUGGUAAUUUGCUUGGACAUCCAAAAUGGACGAUUGAUAUUUUUACAGAGGAGUUGAUAAGAUCGGGAUGUUCUGCUAUUAUGUCAAUCCUCAUUAACCAUUUUGACCCCAUUCUUAGGAAAAUUGCGAAUUUAAGCUGGAAAGAAUGUGAUGUACAUGUUAUUGUAUGUAUAAUAGACUGGACUCAAUCUAUGGUUACUGACUCUUCUUCAAACCCUAACAUCACGGCAUCAUAA